AUGGCGAGAUCAACAACAUCGAGAUCAGUGACGUGGUCAACUUCGUCAAUUGAUUUUGAAUACACCGGUGACACGCUUACUUGGAAAAAACCCGCCGAGGAAGAGGAUGAGGUUUAUAAAGGCCGAAAAACGGAUUGGUUCGCCAUGUGGAUAACGGUAUUGAUGCAAUUCGUGUGUGGCCUUCAAAUUUCGGUGCACUCGAUGUCAUUAUGGCCUUAUAUGAUAGCGCUUGAUGAGAAGACACCAACGCAUUUUCUCGCGUGGAUUGCGGCGAUUAGCUGCUUAGGCGACGCCAUCGCGUUGCCGUUGUUCGGCUUCUGGAAUGAUAAGACGAUGUCGGUGAAGUGGCCCGGAAUAUUUGGAUUCUUCUUGGCGGGAUUGGCUCAAAUUGUCUACACGAUGGCUUAUAUUUCGCCAUUGGAAGGCAAAUGGGUUCUAUUGGGUUCACGAUUGAUCACCGGAUUCGGUUGUGGAAAUAUGGCGGCGUUUCGCGCCUAUGCAGCCACUGGCUCGUUGCCCAACGAUCGAAUGAAGGCGGUGUCGAUGCAAACGGCCGGAAUUGUCGCCGGCUUCUCGAUGGGACCCAUCAUUUCGGCUGCAUUCACAUUUAUGAAAUCCGAUGGAAUCCAACUAGGAGCAAUGAGAUUAAACAUGUUCAACUCAGCGGCCAUUGUGAUGGCCGUGCUGUGUUUCGCGUCAUGCUUCAUCCUCUUGUUUUUGUUCAAAGAAUCCUAUGUGGGAAUUCUGAGCAACGAGAAUGAAACCGCAAAAAUCGAAAUUCCUGAUUUUGACAAAUUGGCGCUCAGUGUUUGCGUCUACAUUUGCACAAUAGGAACUGGAAUAUCAGCGGGAAUUGCAGUAUUAUCAAGCCCACUGACUCAAACCUUAUAUGGCUGGAAUGAUUCGGAAUUGAUAUUGUACAAUGGUAUUUCGAAUGCGGCGAGUUCGGCGUUGACGAUUUUAACCAGUUUUGUAUUUUCGACGAAAUGCUUAAAAAGCCUAGAUAAACGAUGGCAGAUGCUCGGCGGCUCCAUUCUGUUCCUCAUCUCGCAAAUAUUCAUGUGGCCGUGGCCGUUCUACGCGGGACCAUUGAAGACGGCCGAAAAUAAUUCGACGCAACGAUGCCCGCUGAAGUAUGAAUGGUGUGAUUACACAACGCAACCGCCAUUUCCGUUCUAUGUGUUUUAUGCGGUCAUCGGCCUCGGAAUUGGAUUCGCGCUCGUCGAAAACUCGGCCGGCUCGUUGUUUUCGGAAAUUGUUGGUCCCAGAAAACAGGGAAUGGCGCAAGGAAUAUUUUCGGCGUGCGGAAGUUUGUCGCCAUUUUUCUCAUCGUAUCUAUUCCGCGAGAUUGGUUUCGGCUACGUUGUCAUCAUUCAAGCGGUCAUGGUCCUGUUUGGAAUAUUCUUUGUUUUGUUUGUCUACCAAAGACUGGUGCCAUUGGAAAUUGAAGUCGAGGAAAAGAUUCCGUCCCUUUAG